GAACUCAGUGUUGUGUACAACGACGACGCGCGCGCAUGCCGCGACGCGUUCCAAACUUAAAUUUUAACAACGAAACAAACGAAAAGUGAACAGUGUUCCAAAAUCGAAAUUCAAAAUUGUUCCGUCCGAAUGUUGUGUUCAAAAUGCUGUAGUGACGUGCCUAUUUGUGUAGGGUUGUUUUUUUCAUAGAGUUAGUAAGUCCUAGAAGUGGACAAGUGCAAACUAUUGUUUUCUUUGUUGACGUGCACCAGCUGUCAAAAUAAACGGAUUAUCAAGAUUUAUCCAGUUUGUCUCACUACAUUAAUAUAAAGAUACCACCAAUCACAAACGAUGAACUGAAACACAAGAAAAAAGCAAAACUAUGUGCACUUACUAAAUACCUGCUUAACCCUAAAAUGCGCACUUAUAAACGACUAUCUGACUAUGCGUGACCGGUGACGAACUAUGUACCAGUGUUAGUGAAUAUUUAGAAUCCAAAAUGGCGCAUAAAGUGAAAAACAAUCAUUAUGUGGCGACCCACCGGUCGGGGGUUGAUUCUCCGUCGUCUGGGGGUUAUAUACACAGGGCCUCGUCGAGGGAUGAGAAUGACAGUCAUCGAGCACCUUCGGAAAGGACACUUUCUGAAUAUACGACAAUGGACGAGCGAACGCGAUCACCUUCAGGCGAGCACAGGAAUGGCAGACGGCACCAGCACACCAACGGCUCACCCAGAGCAGACUCGGGGUCUGAUGUGUACGUCACCAGCGCCGCCUACCGACCUCCUUCAGAAAUCAGCCGGCAGUCGCGAGCACCCCGCAGUGUGUACUCCUACAGAAGUGCAGUGGCGCCAUCUGUGGCCUCGACACACAGAUCUAAAGUCUCUAGGAAGGCAGGAGUAAAAGUAGACGCGAUGGCAGCGCCGAACCCGUUCUGUCCGAACGUGAAGGGCAUGUGCUGUCUGAUGCUGCUGCUCAACCUGGGGCUGAUCCUCGUCACGCUCGGCUUUGUCAUCGUGCUGCAGUUCUUUGAACCGCUGUUUGUAUGGAUCCUGGGCAUAGUCUUCCUGAUAUUCGGCUUCAUCACACUAGUAGGCAGUCUCAUCUACUGCGUGGUGCUAUGCCGAGAGAACCCCUACCCUCGGUACCCUGACGACUUCUACUGGACCCACCACUGGUCCAAGACUAUUGGACCUUCAGAGAUCCACUACAGCGCCAGUGAAAAACAGUACAUUAAAAAUGGCAACAGUGAUAGGUACAAUAAGUAUAACGGAAAGUAUUCUGACAGGGAGAGUGCGAAAGGUUACUCGGAUAGAGAAAGCAAACUUAGUAGGUACUGAAAAUUUUGAUAUAAAAGAUGAAAUUUAUUUUCGUUCGAUCUUCCGCUGGAAGGCUUUUAGAUCAAACUUUCUUAACAGUUUAUGUAUGUUAGUCUUUGGCAUAAUGCAAUGGUAUGAGAGAAAUAAAAGGAGAAAUAAAGGCCAUCUCCAAAAAAAGGACCACUACUACUUAUAUAUCAGAUAAGUUCAUCUUGUUAUGAAUAAUCUGGUAAAUACGUCAUUUCUAAUAAAUAGUGGUCUGGAGGUGUAAUUUUUCUCUCAACGUCACCUCUAACGUCUAUUUGUAAAUAACAAAUUGAUAAAAAAAUAUUUUGAGAAAUUCUCAGCUACAGUGGCUUUCCAAUUUAGGCCCAAUUCGCCAUAUUUUUGGAAUAGGCCUUUUUAUAAAUAUUGUCUGUAUCAAUGGCAAUAUAAUAUUUAAAACUGCAAUCUAACAUUCUUUCUACACACCUGUCUGUAGAUCUAUAAAUAAAAAUACUAAUUUUAUUAAAUGUCAAUAAACCAUUAAAUAAAUAUAUUUUUUUAGUUAAGAAUUAAUCUAUAGAAUAUUAUUGUAAUUGUACUUAUUAUAAUACGUAGUAACAAUUUGUCUAAAUAUAUUUUAUAAAUAAUUAAUUUAAUGUAAAUAUGUAAUAUCGGUUAAGCAAAACACUCAGAAUUAAAUGCCAUAUUAAUUUACCCAUUACUAUAGGAGUGUUUAGGCUUAAGCGAAGUCUGGAUAGACGGUACAAA